GGGAUAUAAUUCCGCCAGUACUUGGGCCACCGGUCGGUUUCCCGUCCGGCACCGCGCGGGGUCAACGCGAGGUCGGUGGGGUUUGCAGCGCGGUGUUGGCGGCUGAGACUCCCGGAUCUGAGCAAGUGGAGCUUGACAUUUCUCAGGGUGCCAGGGCAGGAUGUAUACGCUGCUUUCGGGGUUGUACAAGUACAUGUUCCAGAAGGACGAAUACUGCAUCCUGAUCCUGGGCCUGGACAAUGCUGGGAAGACAACCUUCUUGGAACAAUCAAAAACACGGUUUAACAAGAACUACAAGGGGAUGAGUCUAUCCAAAAUCACCACUACCGUGGGUCUAAACAUUGGCACUGUGGACGUGGGGAAGGCUCGUCUCAUGUUCUGGGACUUAGGUGGGCAAGAAGAGCUACAGUCUUUGUGGGACAAGUACUAUGCAGAGUGCCAUGGCGUCAUCUAUGUCAUUGACUCCACUGAUGAGGAGAGGCUGUCAGAAUCCAAAGAGGCAUUUGAGAAGGUGGUUUCGAGUGAAGCACUGGACGGUGUCCCCAUCCUGGUGUUGGCCAACAAGCAGGAUGUGGAGACCUGCCUCUCCAUUCCUGACAUCAAGACUGCAUUCAGUGACUGUACCUGCAAGAUUGGCCGUCGAGACUGUCUGACCCAGGCCUGCUCUGCUCUCACAGGCAAAGGAGUUCGAGAGGGCAUCGAAUGGAUGGUGAAGUGUGUCGUGAGAAACGUUCACCGGCCACCACGGCAGAGGGACAUCACAUAAGCAAUGCCAGCUUCGCAGUCUUGGGACUAUUCAUCCCUGGUGUUGGAAGAGUACUCCCUGCUGGCUGUGUGCUACCUAUGCUGGGGUUGAGCUGGCUGUGUUUGUUCAUUCAUUUAUUUGCUUUAUGUUUUCUCUAAGACAAACUUUUCUCUGUGUCUAGAAAAGUGUAGGUAUCCAGAGACAAAUGGGGGGGGGGCAUACAGGUCAUCCAGCUCUAGAUAAACUACCUCCCAUUCCAUCCCAUCCCAGAUCUGGGACCCUCUCAAACUAGUAAGGAGGGUUAGGGUGAGGCUACCCCAGGCUUGCCUGUUGGCCCAUUCCAAAGUGGACUUUGAGGGCACCCUGCUUGAAAUGGGCGGUCUAUCUCUGACUGCUUUGUCCAGCUUGCUCAUGUAAAAGGUGGGAGUGGCCAGGACUAUCCCACUUGGAGAAAGACCUAACCAACAUCCCAGAGGCCAGCAUGGCCCCUUGUUGUUUUGUUUGGAGUUGAGUGUGUGUGAGACAGAGUUUUCUGUAACCCAUGUUAGCCCAGAACCCUUUGCCUCCUUCUCUGUACCUAUGGGAAUUAUAGGUGUGGGGCAUCACACACCUUUCCACUAGGUUUUGAUACGGUCUCAGGACAGGGUUCAGUACACCUGUCUGGGAAGUCUGACUUCCCUUAUUCUCACGCUGAUUUAUCUACAAAGGAGAAAGCUGAUAUAGAAUUGCUUAGAGGUCAAAUCUUGCUGAGUGUACACUUCAGUGCUCCCACACUCAGGUUGUGUAUGUGUGGUGUCCUGAGGGCACACUUUUCACCAGGUUGUUAGGUGUUGCUACAGCUAGUGCAGGUGGGCUCGGUCCCUACAGGGUCCACGUCAGUGAAGUGCUGGAUUUGCAUCUCCAGAUGGUGUGAGGUGCAGAUUCCUGGGGGGCAGCAGCCCUGCCCAGUUAAAUUUUUCCUCAUGUGGCCAGGAUAAGGUUGUAAAAUAAAGACAGCCUAAGUGGCUCCUGCACAA